CUGGCCGAAUUCGCCGAGGGUCGUGCCAAGGUACUAGUCGCCACAGAUGUCGCCAGCCGCAUUGUCUCUGAUGCUGCAGAACAUGCAGCCUGUUAUUCACUUGGCUCCUGUCAGCCACUCCGCAUGCCACAUGUCGUCUCCUUUUGUGAAAUCUAUGCACUGGUAAUUCUGUCGAAGGUAAUCUGA